AUGUCAGAAGGAAAUAACCAUUCUGACCAGGCCAUCCAAGAUCAAUGUGAAGAGGAUGAAUAUGAGUUCUAUGAAGAAGAAGAUGACGAUGACCAAGAUCCAAACAAGUUAUUUGAGUAUGAUAUCCUUCAAGAGAUCGGCCAAGGUGCUUUUGCAAAAGUAUUUUUGAUUAGAAACAGAGAAACAGAUACCCUUUACGCAGCAAAAGCAUACUCUAUGUUUCAAUUAUUACAAAGAAGACUUGGUGAAGAACCAAGAGAAGCUCGCUUCUUCAGCGAAGUCAAGAUUUUAUCAACAAUCAAUCACAAAAACUGCCUCAAAAUCAUUGAACUCAUUAAAGACGAUGUUACACAUAAAAUAUAUUUAAUCGUUCCUUACGCUGGCCGAGGACCGCUUUCUCCGAAAUGCUGGGAAGCCAAUAUAAUGGACGAAAAGGAUGCGAAAGAUGUCUUCAAACAGCUUGCAGAAGGUAUUCAGUACUUACAUAAUAAUAAUAUCGUCCAUCGUGACAUUAAGCCUGAUAAUGUUCUUAUACAAGAUGACGGAAAUGUCAUGCUAUGUGACUUUUCUGUUUCAAAGCAGCUCUCGUCUUCAGAUGAAUUGGUCGAUGACACUCAAGGUACUCCUGCGUUCAGAGCACCCGAAGAACAGCUUACAGAUCCAUUCGAUGCUAAGAAAUCGGAUGUUUGGUCGUAUGGAAUUUCAUUAUAUGUUAUGAUAUUCGGACAUCUUCCAUACGACAUUGAUUUUGAAAACGACAACUUUGUUCAGCAGGAUAUAAAACUUUCCCAGCAGAUACUUAAUACCGAAAUUAACUUGGAACGCAACCCUCCAAUCUCUCAAGAGCUGAAGAGCCUUUUCCAAGCAAUUUUUGUGCACGAUCCAAAGAAGAGACCAUCAAUAAGCGAAGUUCUUAAGAAUGAUUGGUUCAAGAGCACAUAA